AACGGUCGACUCAUGCCCCAACCCCUCCCGCCACAUUUCUCCCGCCAAACCCCCUCCUCCUCCUCCCACUCCCUCCCCUUCUACUACACCUCCCUCCUAAACUCCAUCUCCUCCCUCCAUUCCCUCAAACUCCUCCACGCUCGCAUCCUCACCGACGGCCUCUCCCGCCGCCUCUCCCUAACCACCAAACUCCUCUCUCUCGCCGCCCUCCUCUCCCCCACCAUGCGCUACGCCCGCCAACUGUUCGACGAUUCCCCCCACAGAGACUCCUUCAUGUACAACACCCUCAUCCGCGGCUACACCGACGUCGGCCCCUGCGACCAGGUCCCCCUGCUCUAUAAAACCAUGCACGGCAUCGGCCUCUCGCCCGAUUGCUUCACUUUCCCCUUUGUGAUCCGCGCCUGCGCGGUGCUCUCGGCGGUUCGAGAGGGGAAGGAGGCGCAUUGCAACGCGAUUAAGCACGGGUUCGAUCGGAACCACUUCGUGCAGAGCGGUUUGGUCACUAUGUACUCUCAGAGUGGAGAGGUUCCCGAUUCGGAGCUGGUUUUCGGCGAGAUGGGGUUUAAAAAUGUCGUUUCUUGGACCGCCAUGAUUGCCGCGUACGCUCAAAACUGCCUUUUUGGGAAGGCGUCAGGCUUGUUUCGGUCUAUGGUUGCUUCGGGCACACGGCCUAACGAGGUCACGCUUGUGAGUUUUCUCCCUGUGUUGAAAGGAUUGGAAGGAUUGUAUUCAGGGGAAUCGAUUCAUGGGUUUGCAAUUAAAUUGGGAUUAGAUUCUUAUGUUUCCAUGAUGAAUGCGUUGAUCGCAAUGCAUGGCAAAUGCGGGAGUAUUGAGAUUGCACGGUCCCUGUUCGACGGAAUGUCUGUGAGAAGUUUGGUUUCGUGGAACACCAUGGUAGCAUUGUACGAGCAAAGCGGCGAUGGGACUAGGGCGAUCAAGCUCUUCCGAACGAUGCUUACGGAGAAGGUGAAGUUCAACUCCGUGACAUUGGUUAGCGUGCUUUCCGCUUGCGCUUCUUCGGGAGCUCUCGACACUGGAAAAUGGCUUCACGAGCUCGCGAGGAAAAAUGGGCUAGAAGCCGAUGUGAGAGUCGGUAAUGUGUUAAUCGACAUGUAUUCGAAAUGUGGGAAGUUGGACUUAGCUAGAGAGGCCUUCGAUAACCUUAGAUCGAGAAGCGUGGUCUCGUAUAGUGCUAUGGUAAGAGCCUAUGCUUCUCAUGGGCUUCCGCGGGAAGCACUGAAACUCUUCUCACAGAUGAAAGCGGAAGGGGUGAGGCCGAACACGUUCACUUUCACUUCGGUGUUAGCGGCUUGUAGCCACUCGGGUCUCGUAGAAGAAGGCCUAAAGCAUUUCUAUAGCAUGAGAAAGGAGUAUGGUAUCACUCCAACAAUGGAGCACUGUACUUGCAUUGUGGACAUGUUGGGCCGCGCAGCGAGAUUGGUCGAAGCCUACGAGUUCGUAAAAUGUAUGCCUAUCGAGCCCGACACGGGUGUUUGGGGGGCAUUUCUGGGUGCUUGUAGAAUCCAUGGGGAGCUCGAGAUGGCCGAUUCCGUGGCAAAAGAGCUCUUCCGGUCGGGUUAUAAUGACGUGACCUUUUAUGUAAUUUUGUCGAACAUGUACGCGGAGAAUGGCAGGUGGGAAGAUGCAGAGAAGUUGAGGAAGAUGAUGGAGGAAAUGGAGUUGAAGAAGAUCGCGGGAUGUAGCUUGGUUGGUAUAGAGAGGAAGCCUCAAAAUGCUCCGAUUACAAGAUAACAGAAGAGUUGUUUGAGAAAGUAUUGAUUAAAAUCCUCUUGAUAGCUUCACGCUACAGCAGAAGCAGGAGCAAAAGGUUUAGAUCGAAGAUACUACUUUUGAGGCUCAGAAGCUCAUUCACCUUUGUGUAUCAACAGAAGUCCUGGAAUUCCUGUUCUACCAAGUGCUUCAUGGCUAAGGUUCGCCUUUUCGGAGUCGCUGUUAAGAUAGAGGUCUCUCUUUUUGUAGUGAUAAGUUCCGAAGCUCUUAGCUUUUAGUGUGAUAUAUAUAAAUUUAGUCCCUGAACUUGAAAACAAA